CUCCCAUUCCCCACAUGACUUGAACGCAACAAUAGAUCUCUUUCAGCGUCGCUAGCUGCUCCUCUCUAGUAGCACUGUGGCUAUUAGCUAGCUCUUCGAUAGCCCCUCCAAUCUAAUAGCACUGAGGCUAUGAGCUAGCUGUCCAUAGCCCCUUCUCUCUAAUACAGUGAGGCUAAGAGCUAGCUGUCCGCUAGCUGCCCCUUUCUAGAAGCACCGAGGAUAAAGCUAGCUGUCCGCUAGCACAGAUAAACAUGGCCAUGGCCCAGGCUCUCUCUGAAGAGGAGUUUCAUCGGAUGCAGGCCCAGCUUCUGGAGUUAAGGACUCAGAACUACCAGCUCUCUGAUGACCUGAGGAAGAACUCUGCAGAGCUGGGCGUUCUGCGGCAGAAGACGGGGGUGCUGGAGAGGGACUUGGGGAAGGCCCAGAAGGCGCUGAGUAAGAGUAAGAAAGCUCAAGAAGUGGAUGCGUUGCUAGGGGAGACCGCCAUGCUGCAGGGGAAGCUGCACAGCCAGGAGGAGGACUUCAGGCUCCAGAACAGCACCCUGAUUGCGGAGCUGUCCAAGCUGUGCACCCAGAUAGAGCAGCUGGAGCAGGACAACCAGCGCCUGAAGGAGGUGGGAGGAGCCAGCGCCACCAGCCCCGCCCCCACUCCCGUCCCUGACUCCGCCCCUGCCCAUGACAACACGGAGCUCCUCCGCGUGCAGGCGGAAAACUCUGCCCUGCAGAACAAAAUGGCUGCCCUGCAGGAGCGCUACGACCAGGAGGUGCAGAGACUCAGCAGCUCCACAAACACAUCCAGCACCUCCUCCUCCGGACCGGACCAGGCCGAGAAUGGGGCAGGGGAACAGGCAGGUCCAGAGUCUGGACCCACGUCCCGACAGAUACUAGGCCGCUCAGAGAAGGUGGUAGAGAAGCUGGUAGGUGUGCAGGCAGGCUGGUCAGCUCUGUGUCCUCUAACCCCCUGCUUUGGAGCAGAGCUGGAGGUGUCGCUGAGCACGGAGCAGGAGGAGAAGAGGCUCCUGAGGGAGCACGUCCUGUCCCUGGAGGCUUCCAAGCAGACGGAGGUCACCAAACUACUGGAGGAGGUCAGCAAGCUGUCAGACAGGUUGAAGAAGAAGCAGGAAAGUUUCCAGCGUCUUCAAGGAGAGAAGGAGGCGCUCUACAACGAUAGCAGGACAAAGAUUGAUGAGAUAAACCAGAAAAAAGAAGAUGAUCUGAAAUCCUUGAACCUCCGUAUUCAGAAACUCCAGACAGACCUAGGGGCAGCCAAUCAGACCAUGGCUGAGAUGAGGGAACAGCUGCUGGGCAAAGAGAAGGAACAUGAAGUAGCACUACACACGCUGAGAGACCAGGCCGCCAGUCAGACUGCAGUCAGUCAGGAGCAGGUGGAAAUCAUCCUGCAGGAGAAUGAUGCUCUCAGGACCAACCUAGCAGCCCUAGAACAGGAGAACCGUGUUCUGAGGGACAGUCUCUGUGCGCUGGAACAGAUCCAGACAGUGAAGACCCAGGAGGUGAACCUGCUUCGUGAGCAGCAGGGGGCGCUGUCUGCUGAGCUGCAGCAGAGGAGAGCAGAGCAGGAGAGCCUGCUGGCCCAGAGGGACGACCUCACCUCCCAGAUACAGGAGGCUAGCUUUGCCAGCAGGAGGCUGCUGGAGCAACUGUCUGAGGAGAGUCAGGAGAAAGAGAGACUUCAGAGAGAGCUGGAGGACAGCCGCAAGACCGCUGAGAAGAGGAAGGUGAUGCUGGAUGAUGUCGCUACGCAGCUCAACCAGGAGAAGUCUGGACACAAGGAGGUGCUGUCGGACCUCAAGCUGCAGCAGGAGAAGGAGGUUCUGGCAGUGAGGGCUCGCUAUGAGAAGGAACUUCGAGGACUUCAUGAAGAAAAGAACCGCUGUGAAGAAGAACUCAAACAACAGCUACGAGACGAGAAGGCCCGCAGCAAGGACCUUGAGCUGUGUCAGCAGACGGUGGAGGAGCUCCAGGCGGAGGUCCGGACCAAGGAGGAGUCCAGGGACUGCCUGGAGCGCCGGCUGGGAGACGCUGAGGAAAACUUUCAGAAGAAUUCUGUAGAACACGAAGAACAGACGGAGAACCUGAAGAAGGAACACAAACUACACUUGGAGGAAAAGGAGGCAGAGAUGGAGGGAGUAAGGAGACAGUUGACGGAGGUAGAGAAAUUAAGGGAUGAAAACGGGGACAUCAUUGAAAAACUCAAACAGGACAUAAAGGACACAGUUGAAGGUCAGAGGAUUCUGGAGAAGAAAGGCGGUGCAGCGCUGAAGGAUCUCAAGCGACAGCUGCAGUCCGAGAGGAAGAGAGCUGAUAAACUACAGGAGAGACUGCAGGAGAUCCUGACAAACAGCAAGACCAGGACCGGUCUUGAGGAGCUGGUUCUGUCGGAGAUCAGCAGCCCAAGCCGGACCCAGCAGACUGGGGACUCCUCCUCCGUCUCCUCCUUCUCUUACCGAGACAUGAUGAAGGAGGCGCAGCCACCCAGAGAAAAGGCCACCGGGGGGAGCCCUCCACCCCCCCAGGGCUCGGCUGACCUCAGUGACGAGGAGGUGGGGGAGCUGUUCCAGAGACUGGCCCUCGUCCAGCAGGACAAAUGGAUGCUGGAGGAGAAGGUGAAACACCUGGAGGUGAGCUGCUCCUCCAUGGCUGAAGACAUCCGCAGAAAGAGCGCCAUCAUAGAGACCUACGUCCACGACAGCCGCACCGAUGCGUGUGGGGGGGCGGGGGCUCACGCGCCGGCCCACGGCGAGCGGGGGGGUCUGGGGGAGCGGAUGGGUCUGGGGGCGGUGCUCCGAGACCUGGUGAAGCCCGGAGACGAGAACCUGAGGGAGAUGAACAAGAAGCUGCAGAACAUGCUGGAGGAGCAGCUCACCAAGAACAUGCACCUGCAGAAGGACCUGGAAAUACUCUGUCUCAGUAAAGAUGGGAGCCUGUCUGGGUAGGACUAUGACCUGGAAGCAUCACUCCUCCGUUCCCUUCCAUCCAGUCCUACAGCUCUGGCUCCGACUAUAGCCUGGAAUAUCUUCCAUUACCCCAACCAAGCCCACUGGGCUAGGACUAAAUGCUGAAAGCACUCUGUGGAUUGAAAGAAGACUCCAUUGAUAGAACUACUGAAUGUUCAGUUAUUAUACUGUAUCCCUCUUGAUUUUAUCUGAUUAAACUUGUUUUACUGUUGUGGUCCUGGCUAUUUCCAGGAGCAGAUGCCUGUCUGUAAUGUAAACGGUUCCUCUCUGUCCAAGCGCUUGGCCCAGUAUAUGUCCUGGAACGCAAGCUUGUAACUGACUGAUUCCUUAUAUUUUCAGUGUCUUAUAUUUACACAAGCCAUGAAUUACUUCAUGGCUGUGGCCAUUUCAUAACCGGUUAUCCUCUAUGUGCUGUGGCCUGUUUGCAACUCUAGUGUGUUCAGUGGUUACGUGGCUAUACCAUGGGCUACGGUUAUGCUCACCAGUCCAGUGACGCUCAAUGAUCAACAGUGAUGCUCGAUGGGCCACAGUGGUGCUCCUCACUGGGCUACAAUUACAUUACGAUAACAUUGUCCAGCUCGUUUUAUUUAACUUGAGCAGUGGAUUGUCGCUACAUGUUAUUUUGGAUUCAGAUCUUGUCGGCUGCGGUUGUGUCCUGGAUGACGCUGAGGCCUGAGCUUCUUAUUUUGUUGAAUCUUGUAUAUGCGCCAUUCCUAACUGAAAUCAAUAACAUUUAUUUAUGAAGUGAUGUCUAUAAUGAUGAUGAAUACUGUAACUAUGUGAACUAAAGUACCAUACUAAUGAC